AUGGAUACUCCGGACAAGCAGCAGGAAUUUAAUGAGCCGCCGCCACCGUACCCCGGGCCAGGCCCAGCCCACGUCUAUCCAAGUGUUCCGGCCGUGAACCUGAUGCCGGUGUAUAAGCCGCAACUUCAGAACAUGCAACAGCCAAUUCCCACGCACGUCAGCAUCCCGGUUGUUACGGUCGGGCAUAUCGAUUAUGGACCGUACGAGCGCCUGAUCAACUGCCCGUUUUGCAAGGAGGAAAUCAUGACCUCCGUUGACUACAAGCUCGGUCGUUUCGCGCUCGUCGUCUUCUGCGCAAUCUUGUUCUUAUCGUUAUUCAUGUUCUUCGCUGUGUGCUUCCUGUGGGUCCCUUUCUGCAUCAAGUUCUUCAAGGACGCCGACCACAGCUGCCCCAAAUGCAAGGCCCACCUUGGAACGUACCAGAGGAUC